AGGAGUACGCAGAACGAUGAGAUGUGUAAUUUCUACAUGAUGUACUAUACCGAGGAGGGGGACAAGACUAUGCCCAGCACAUACUGUUUCAGCUCCGGACCACCCACCUACUACUGGGCCUCCGACCCUAGAAUGUCACAAAGCAUUAACAACAUUCCAAAAACAGCUAGUGUCAUACCAAAUACUGACAAAGUAAUCAAACAAACGGCUGUUCCACAGUUAUAUGAAGAUGAAGGUACUGACCAAUAUGAAAGUGAAUAUGAAGUCAAAGGUGCCGACAUGAACAUUGACCCUGAAGAUCUUGAACCUUAUGAACUAGAACGACUGAUUGAGUACCUCAAAGAACGUGGACCCAGGGCCUACGAUGAAGAAUAUUACUGACAUUGAUAUAAAUAUUAAAUACCUGUCUCGAUCUACAAAUUGAAUUUUUAUCUAUUUUUAUGCAUUUCAGUCAAAUGAAUAAUUAAUCAGGAAACAAUGGCUUAUGGAAAAUGAAUGGCUAAAGAUUUCGACAUGUUUGUUUUGAUGAGAUUAUAACAAGAUAUAAAAUGUUAUGUUUAUAAAAAAUACGAAAAUAAAAGUAAAAAUUUAAGGAAGUAUUACCAACAUAUUAAAAGAUCGCCAUUAGAAUAAUUCCAUUGAUGUUUUAUCGUAUUCACAGUAUUUAUAACAUUGAUAACAGAAAGGGUAAUUACUUUGAAAUAUAUAACACAUGUAGUAUAUUUCUGAAAACAAAAGAAUAUUAAUUUAAUGAGACAUUUUCAUUUGACUUUAAGUAUCUAAGAAAAUUUUGAAGAGAAAAGAUAUUGUUCUUAUAGAAGAACAUGUAUAAUUCAGAAGAAAAAAAACACCCCUCCAAAAAAAGACAACAACAAAAAACAAAACACAUUUUGACUCGUGAUGGUGCCAUUGUUAUUUGCAAUCAUCUACACUUAACAGUUUAUCUUUCUUUAAUGCAGUUUAUCUUUCUUCAAUGCACUUUUACAUACUUCAAUGCAGUUAAUCAUACUUCAAUGCAGUUAAUCAUACUUGAAUGCAGUUAAUCAUACUUCAAUACAGUUUAUCAUACUUCGAUGCAGUUAAUCAUACUUAAAUGCUUCAACGCAGUGUAUCAUACUUCAGUGCAUUUUAUCGUAUUUCAAUGCAUUUAGGUUAUCAUACUUCAAUGCAAUUAUUAUUCUUCAAAGCAGUUUAUCAUACUUCAAUGCACUUUAUCAUACUUCAAUGAGAUUUAUUAUUCUCCAAAGCAGUCUAUCAAACUUCAAUGCAGUUUAUCAAACUUCAAUGCAGUUUAUUAUAUUUCAAGACAGUUUAUCAUACUUCAAUGCAGUUUAAAAAGCACAUUAUAGUAUAGUCUUGAUACUUUGUUUAUUCAAGAACGCAGACUAUCUAAAUAAAAAAACCCAGCUUCAGUAAAAUCACAUAGCAUUUGAAUCAAUGUGAUGAUAGCAUUUACUUAAAAUAUAUUAUUUAUGAGGGAAAAUGGAUUCCGAAAACUUUGCAUUAUCUAGCCUAAUAUAAUAUAAUAAUACAUGUCCCAAAUCUCACCAAGAUACAUAAACGAUCAUUUACAAUCAUUUUACAAAAUAAAUACAGGCUUAAAAAAUGUGGGAGCUAUUAACAGUGUAUAAACUUCCUCGGAAAAGAGACUAUUUAACUGCAGUACGAAAUUAGAAUGAAAUAUAAAUCAAUUAUUUAUUUAUACAUUGUGUUGUUUAUGAAAAAAGUGCAAUGGUAUCAAUGUAAAAUUUAUAUGUUUUGUUGUUGAAUAAAGUUAUAAUAUUUCGUUAUUAAAA